AUGGAGAAUAAACGUCCAAGAGAAGACGAUGAAUUCGAUGAUUCUAAGAGACAACAUCAAGAUCCUGUGGUGGAAUUAGUUGGUAAUGUCACGAAAGAUAUCAGACGUAUCGGAGAAGGUGCUCAAAUCAACACCACCGUUGAUGAUAUCUCCUACAUCUCCAAUCCCAUCGUAGUAGAGUUUGAGAAGAUUGAUGAGUUAAGAUCAGCUGUCUUAAAGACUUUAGGUGCUGUGGUAUUAGAACAACCAAUGAAAGUUCAAGUGGUCAGUGUGUUGGUGAUGAUUUGUAACGCUAAGAAUUUUCUUGUUUCAAAAUACGUCAUUGAAUAUUUCCAUUCUAAAGUUCAAGAUUUCUUCCAUUCCCUCGACCAAGGUUCCCCUAAAGGUUGUUUCAACGAUGUCAAGAACAUUUUGAAGUUUUUAUGUUGUUUAUCUCCUAUCAUCGAAGAUGGGGCUUUAUAUAAUGUGUUACAACAAUUCUUGAAAGUUUCCAUCGACUUACAAGCUUCUAACCCUCCAUUGGCUCAAGAAAUUUACUACAAUACUUUGAUAUGUUUACCAUAUGUUUUCGCCAAUGAUGACAUCACUGAUAAAUAUGACGGUUUGUUGACUUUGGCCAAGGAAUUCGAUAGUAAUAUUCUGUUAAAAUCAGUUUAUACUCAUUUUGACUCCAAAUCAAACAAUUUCCAAGUCCCAGAUAUCUACGUUAACCUUCUUGAAACCAUUUUGCCUUCAAUAGACUUCCCAGAAUGUAAGAAAUUGUUCAUUGAUUUCAAAAGCCACAUGGAACCUAUCAUAAAUGAGUCGUUACAGAGAAAUAAAAUCUCCAGUACUAUGGUCAAACAUGCCUUACCACAAUUCGCCAUAAAUCCUGAUGUUUUGAAGGAGCAUAAAUUGAUUGGAAUUGAUCAAUUAUGGAGUCAACCAAGAUUUUUCCUCACUAUUUACAAACAAGAUUUCCCUACCGUUCCUGAGGGUAAAACUUAUAGUCACUUAUUCUUCAAAGAUGUCAUUUGUGACUUGGUGCACAACUUAGAGUUCAAUAGGAACGAAACUGCGGUGCAAUUAUCAAUCUUCGAUUUAUAUUUCAAUUCCGAUCUUUUCGCUCCUCCAGGAACUCCUGUUGAUAGAUUAGCUGACAUUCAUAAGGAUAAUGUCAAUGGUGAAAACAUCCCUCCGUUAUCCACUUGGAAAAUGGAAGAUUUAAUUGUGGAGACUUUCUUACAAUUGAUGUUCACUAAACCUUUGAGAUUACCUAUUUACUAUUAUACUGUUUUGAUCACGUGUUGUCGUAACAAUCCAGAUUGGUAUGCACCAGUCUUUGGUAGAGCUUUCAGAUUCUUCUAUAAGAACUUAGAAGUAUUGAACUACGAGACUCGUUUAAGAUUCAUGGAUUGGAUGGCUGUUCAAAUAUCUAAUUUCGAGUUCAGUUGGAAAUGGGAUGAAUGGGUUGAAGAUUCUAAAGCCUUAACUGACUAUUCUUACCAUCCAACUAAAAGUUUCAUCAAAAACUUGAUCUCCAAAGAAAUCAAAUUAUCCAAUAAGAAGAGAAUCAAAGAUAGUUUUGUUACAUUGGAUCCACAAACCGAUAGUUUGGUUCAUUUUGAAGAGUUCCACCAAUAUUUAACCUUAAAUUUAGAAGAUUCCGAUUACAUCAUUGAUUUUGAUACUAAGUUAUUCGCUGGUAAUGAAGAAGUAAACAGUUUGGUCACUAAACUUUGUCAAGAAAAGAAAGAUACUUCAACCGUAGUAACAUCACCUCAAAAUGAAAUGUUAUACAUCUUCAAUGAUUCUAACAUUCCUUUCUAUCCAUUCUUCCAGAAAUUCUAUAAGUUCUUAAUGGGCCAUAAUAGAACCAAUGAACAGUUCUUCCAACAUUGGACGGAAUUAAAUGAUGAAAUCACCGAUGAAUCUUUGAACAAACCAAGUUUCUUGAUCACCUACCUCAUUCAAACCUACUGCAAUAUUGGUAACCGUUCUAUCUACUCCACCAAUGGGAUCUUAGAUAGAGAUUUGACUAAAUUGAAAUGGUGUAGUGGUGUGGAGUUACAAGAUAGUGAUUAUCCUAAAACAGAAGAAUUCCGUUUCCCUCCUAAUACCGCAUCUCCGGAACAACGUCUCGUCAUUCAAAAUGAUAUCAUUGAUGCGAUUUUCAGAAUCUGGAGUCAUCAACCUCAAUUCAUCUUUGUCAUUCUUGAACAUUUGGUUGAUUCAAGUAUUUUGGACGCAAGUUUAUUAUUCACUAAAUGUUUAGAAUCCCCUAAAAACUUACUUGUGUCAAACAGCACAUGUUUCGAAUCCUUGGUAAGAGUUUUAGACUCCAUCCCAUCUAAACCUAUAGUGAGUGAAUUAUUGGUGAAAAUCAUUGAAAAGGCUUCAGCCAUUUUAGCUGAUGUUCAAACAACUCAAAUUUCUGACUCUGAUGAGAUAGAGAUUAAAGAUAAGAAAUGGUUGGUAUUUGAUUAUUUGAGUUUAUUCAAGUACUUUAUCACCAAUUAUGAAUUCGAAUUCAUUUCCGACAUUCCUGAACCUAUCAAGGAAGUCUCUGAAUGGUUAAAUCAAGUCAAUGCAUAA